GAACUCGCACCAGUGCCGAGCAGUGCAGAGGGAGAGAGAGGGUGUCCGGGACCGCGCCAGCUCCGUGACCACCGAGCAGUACUCCCCGACGGCCAUCUUCACCAUGACGUGAGAGAGGGUGGCGAUGCUGUCGGCCGUGAGGAGCCCCGCAGUCAGCGGGCCCGCGGGGUCCGGGCUGCAGCGGCCGCUGAUGGCUGUGCCGUGAGGUGGCGACGUCUCGACUUGCGCGGCAGCCAGACCACCACUGGCUUACUAGAGCACCAUGUUCGAGGGCGUGGUCGCCGCGGUGCUCAACCGGUUCCUGGGCAAGUACGUCCAGGACCUAGACACCGAAAACCUCAAUGUGGGUAUCUUCGGUGGCGACGUCCAGCUUCACAAUCUACGUAUCCGGCCUGAAGCCCUGUACGAACUCGACCUACCCAUUGAAGUGAAAGCCGGUACCAUCGGGCGGGUGGCUCUAAACAUACCAUGGAGUGGACUGUACACCGAGUCCGUCAUCGUGACCAUCGAGGACGUGUACGUGGUGGCGGGCCCGGUGCUGCAGGGGCCGUACGACCCGGAGCGGGACAAGCGGCUCCUGCGCGCGGCCAAGCGGCGCCACCUGGACGACACGAGCGACUGGCUGGGCAUGCCAGACACUGGCUCCUUCCUCGAGAACCUCAUCACCACCGUCAUGAACAACCUCCAGGUCUUCAUCCGAAACGUGCACAUCCGUUACGAGGACACAAUCAUGGACCCUGACCCGGAUGUAACAUUCACAUGCGGCAUCUGCCUUUUCAACCUCUCUGUUGAGUUUACCAACAGCAAAUGGAAGCCAUGCCCGAGCAGUCCCGGCGCCACCUCCGUGUACCAGCUGAUCCGAAUCGAGUCCUUCUCGGUGUACGUGAACAAGGAGGGCAGGCCCAUCAUCGGCGACCAGGACCCCGAGCAGGUGCCCUUCAGCGUGUGGCGCGAGGACAUGGAGCGCGGCCUCAAGCAGUUCAACACCGGCGCCGACCCGCUCAAGUUCAUGGUGCAGCCCGUGUCCGCCAAGGUGAAGGUGAUCGUGAACCGCUCCAACGAGGCGCGCGUGCCCAAGCUGCUGGUGGACUUCGUGGUGGAGGACGUGUCCCUGCGCCUCACGCGCGACCAGUACGGCGCGCUCCGCCGCCUGCACGACUCGCUGCGCCGCAACCGCGUCGCCUGGCGCUUCCGCCCCUUCCGGCCGGCCGGGCGCGUGGGGCAGGGCGGCGCGGCGGCGGCCGGCACGCGGGUCAUGGCCUGGUGGCGGUACGCGCUGGAGGCCGUGCUGGAGCAGCGCGUGCGGCCCUACACGUGGAGCCGCGUGCGCCGCCACCGGGAGGUGUACUCGCGCUACAGGGACGCGUGCGCGCGCGCGCUGCUGCAGCCCGCCGACACCGAGCUCAAGCUCGACCUGCAGCAGCUCGAGGACCAGCUCGACGUCGUCGACAUCCUGGUGGCGCGCGAGCACGCCAAGCUCAAGCUGCACCGCGACAACCCGGAGCGGGUGGCGGUGGGCGCGCGCGCCCCGUCUCGGCUGGCGCGCUGGUUCUCCGCGGCCGGCGGGGCCGGGGCGUCGUCGUACGCCACGUCGGGCAGCCGGAGCCCGUCCCCGGAGCUGCAGGUUCGCGCCGAGCGGCCGCGCGGGCUGUGGGCGCAGCUGUCUGGCAGCGAGCGGGACAGGCUGUUCGAGGCCAUAGGCUACGCCGAGGGUACGCAGCGACCGGAGAAGCCCAAGCAGUACAUAGAACACAAGUUGAACGUCACGCUCGUCAACUGCUCGCUGAGCCUGGUCUCGGACGCGGGCGAGGUGCUGGCUAGCCACCUCACCCACCUGCUGGCGAGUCUGGAGACGCGGCCAGCCGCCUCCGCCUACAAGAUAUCACUGCGUGUGGAGAGCGCCGUGGUGGAGGGAGCUAGUCUGGAGCACCACCUCGUACCACUCGCCACGGCCAACGUCAACUCCGGUAACAAUUACUCUAACUUCAUGGCCAUCGACAUUGAGAAAAAUCCUUCUAAAUCAGACGCUGAUUUUGGACUGUCCAUAACAAUGGAGCCCAUGGAAAUUGUGUAUCAUGAGCACGCGGUCUCGGAGCUUCUGACCUUCUUCUGCUCUAAACCGCGGCCCGUCAAGGACCUCUGCCUUUCGGCUGGCCACCACCUCAAGAGGGCCCUGAAGGCGGCGGCCACGGUGGGCAGGCGGGCGCUCACGAGGAGAAACACGUACUGCCUCAGCGUGGACGUGCGCGGGCCCUACAUCGUCAUCCCCGAGUCUGGCUCGAUGCAAAAGGGAGGGCAGGUGCUGGUGCUGGACGCCGGGCGGGUUGUGGUGCGCACAGAGCUCCAGCCACCUGGAGUGAGCCUGGAGGACGCCACUCAGAUGGAGCUGGAGGAGCGGCUGUACGACCGCCUGCACGUGGAGUGCUCCGAGGCGCAAGUCCUCUUCUGCGACUCGGGUGACGAGUGGUGGGAGUCGCGCAAGAUGCAAGACUCGGAGCUGCACUUGGUGCCCAAGGUGCGCGGGCAGGUCGUGUUCUCCAACAGCGUGCGGCCCGAGUACCGCGCGCUCGCCCGCCACAAGCUCACCGUGUCGCUGUCCAGCGUCAAGCUCAACCUGUCUGACCGGCGCAUCGGCAUGGGGCUCGACUUCCUGGAGAACGUCCCCGCGCCGACCUUCCGCCGCGCGUCCACCCACGCGGCUCAGCAGGAGGACCAGGUCGAGCACCCGGACCUGGACCCCGCCGACCACGUGGUGGCGGGGCUGAGUGGCGAGCAGCUGGCGCGCGUCCGGAGCGUCGUGCGGCAGGCCGCCGUCAGGGCGGUGCGGGGCCAGGCGCCCGACGACGGCUGCACGCCCAAGCUCGCCAACCUCGAAGUGGACAAGAGCUUCAUGUCCUCGGACCACAGCGACAGCGAGGAGCUCGAGCUGUGGGCGCGCACCGUGGACCUGCCGGGCUUCGACGACAACGUGUCGCCGCACAACGCCAUCACCAUGCUGCUGCGGUUCGUCAUCGGCGAGGUGGUGGUGAACCUGGCGCGCUCCAGCAACCGCGUCGACAAGCCGUACCUGCUGCUGCGCCUCGGCAAGCUCUGCUGGGACUCGGCGCUCAUGGAGUACGGGCCCGCCGUGCAGGCCAGCGUGGGCUCGGUGCAGCUGGUGGACCGGCUGCACGCCGCGCCCGGCGGCACGGGCCAGUACCUCGAGAUGAUAUCCACCGCCACCGGGGCCCAGGACGACGACGUGCUCUCCCUACUGUAUAGGAAGGUGAGAUCCAACUGCCCAGACUUUAAGUCACACUUCCACAGCGUGGAGCAGUCACUGGUUGUGGAUGUGGCGACGGUGAACCUAGUGUUCCACCAGGAGGCUUUUAUCACCCUCAACAAGUACCUUCAGUACAUUGUACACAAGUUUCAAAGCCGGGACAGCCUACGCGCUCGCGCGUCGUCGGCGUUCGGAGGGCUGCGGCCCAGCCUGGAGUCGGGCCGGCGCCGGGUGCGCGCGCUCUGGAGCGGCGCCGAGGACCCGCCCAUCCCCCAGGGCGCCACCAAGUUCAGCUACUCCACGCGCGCGACCGAGCUGCGUGUGCGACUGUGCGACACGGACCUCGACUUCAUGGACAUCCGCGUCACGGGCCUGGAGAGCGACUGCUUGUUCAAGGCCAACGAGCGCAUGGUGCUGAGGACGUACCUCACCGGCAUCACCUGCGAGGAUCUGUCCGACGUGACGCUCUACCAUCGCGUGCUCCAGGUCGACGAUGACCGCGUCCUGGACCUGAAGUACGUGCGUCACGCGCCGCGCCUGUACCAGAAGUCGGGCCUCGCGGCGGGAAGGGACGACGACGUCAAGUCGGACGGCAGCCUCAAGGUGCGGCUGGGGCGGCUGAGCCUGGUGCUGCUGUACAAGACGGUGGUGGACCUGCAGCAGUUCGUGGAGCCCUUGCUCCGGCCGGGGCUGGUGCCGCACUGGCUUGCGCUGGCGGGCAAGGUCGUGGACAAGGCCGCGGGCCGCCUGCGCACCUGGCCGACACGCCUGCACGUGUCGCUCGACCUGCACCUCCCGGCGCUGCUGCUGCCGCAGAAGUCUGCCUCGCCCAACCUGGUUGUCGCCAACCUCGGGGACCUGACCGUUGAGAACUUCUUCAAGGAGAUGCCACCGCCAAGCCCCGACGGCGCGGGGUCGCCUCUGGUGAUCGACAACAUCCUGGUGCGGCUGGACGCCGUGCAGCUGAGCCGCGCCGUCAUGACCCUAGCAGGGGCGCUGCACGUGCAGGAGCCCAUCCUGGAGCCCUUGUCCCUGCGCCUCGACAUCAAGCGCCUCGUGGCCUCGCCCUCCGCACCGGGGCUGCACGCGCCCAGCCACCAGAAGUACCUGGACUACGACGUCAACCUGUACUCGGGGGUGGACGGCAUGGAGCAGGAUGGCGUGGAGGAGACGGCGGGUGUUUUCUACUGCGACGCGUCCCAUCAGAGCCAGGAGGUGUUCUCCCCCGUGAUGCGGUUCCCUCCGGACACCAUUAGCGACCUCUACAAGAAGAUCACCGAUCUCCGUCUCACCGUAAAUGUAGAAGGGUUCGAGCCCAUACACGUCCUGUGCCCCAAGAGGUCCUGCCACAAGCUGCACGCACUGCUUCCCGCUCGCAACAACAUCCGCUAUCAUAUCAUGAUGGAUGUAGAGUCCACCUGCCAGUACCGACGGGUUACGAUACGCUCACCCCUCCAGAUUCGCAACGAGACGACGUUCUCCAUCGGACUGUACUACAAGAAGUCAGUGUUCGACGCGCUCGGCCUGCCACACAUCGGCGAGUCCACAAACCCCUUUGACGACUCGAUCUUUUUCAUGAACCUCGAACCAGACAAGGUGUGCGACGUGCCCCUGCACGUGGCCUACAACUGCAAGAUCCACUUCCAUCCAGCAUACAACCCGUUCUGCGCAAGUGAGAGUGGCCUCUGGUGGAAAGACCUCGGGGCUGACAUGAGUACGGCCAAGGACUUCUUCUGCUCGGCCAAGGACGACAAAGACUUGAGGGCCUUCUCCUGCCGGGUGGUCUGCUCCGAGGGCUCCCCCGUCAAACAGACCUACCGCUCCAUCCCCAAUUACAUGCUGCGAUUGCUGCCGCCCCUCCAGUUCUACAACGGCCUGCCGUUCGCGGUGGAGCUCAAGGUGCCCUCCAUCGCGUGGGAGCAGCGAGUGGAGGCCGGCGACCGGGUGUCGCAGUACUUCCUCAACCUGCAGAAGCAGCACCGGGUCGCGGUGGAGGUCCCCGCCUAUCUGGGGCUCUCCUGGUCGGGGAACUUCAACCUCACUUCAGAUCUGGAGGAGAAGACGGUGACCAUGACGACGGAGCAGGACACGGAGGGUGGCAACAAGCAGCUGGGGGUGACGGUGCGCGUGGACCGCGCGGGGACGUGCGUGGUGUACCUCCACUCGCCCUACUGGAUCGUCAACAAGACUGGGCUGCCGCUGCAGAUCAGGGGCUCGCUGUCCGACGUGGUCUACGACGUGCCGGCCGAGGAGGCGCUCCUCUUCAGUUUCCGCAAGGUGCGGCGGCGGUGCGCGAGGCUGCGGGCGUACCACUCCUCCUGGUCCUCGGCCUUCUCGCUCGACACCGUGGACACCAACGGCCUGGUGGUGUGCAGGGACCGCGAGCGGCGGCGGCACUACCGCAUCCUGCAGUCGGUGCAGCUGUCGUCGGGCUGCCCGCAGCUCACCAAGAUCGUGACGCUGCUGCCCAACCUGAUCGUCUACAACCGCUGCCGCCGGCCGCUGCGCUUCAUGGAGGAGAACGAGCGCGCCGACCUGUGGAUCGACCUGGCGCCGGACAAGUGCCAGCCCUUCUGGCCCGUCACCGACUCCAUGCGCAUGCUGGUCAAGUACCGCGACAGCAAGCUCGUGUCGCAGCACUUCCCCGUCACGCAGACGCACACCACCGUGCUGCGCAUGGACCGCGGGACGGGGCUCGUCGUGGAGGUCACGGGCGGCGGGGACAUGCCGUUCGCCGUCGUGUUCCGCUCCUACUCCGAGGGCGACGCCCCGCUGCGCGUGGACAACUUGUGCGAGGACCUGUUCCUCAAGGUGCACCAGCAGGACCUGGGCCAGGUGGCGCUACUCAGCCCGUACCAGUCCAUGCUGUACACGUGGGACGACCCCUCCCGAGAGCGCUGCCUGCUCUGGAACGUGUACAACAAGAAGAGCAAGGGUUUCGUUGCCGACUUCUGGAAGGACGGCCACGGUCAGGAGAGGGUGUGCUUCCACUCGGUGCGGCAGCCGCCGGGCUCGAGCUCCGCGUCGUCGGGGUCGGCCGCGGGCUCCGGGACGGGUGGGGUGGCGUCGGCGUCCUCCGUGGGCUCCGCGCCCACCGGCGUCACCUCCAAGCUGUCGGCCGGCUUGAAGCUGCUCGCCCCCAAGGCCCCGAAGCAGGACGGCGGUUCCUCCAGCAGCGACGACACCGAGUCCGACGACCUGCUGCGGUCGCAGCAGCUGAAGCGCACGCGGCGCGACAAGGUGGUCGUGUACUGGGUGAGCUACCUGGAGGCGCACCAGCGCGUGCUGCUCUUCACGCAGGACGAGCGGGUGUCGCUGAGCGCGCGCAAGCGCAUCCAGUCGGAGCGCUCGCACCUCGAGGCCUUCCUGUCGCUGAGCGGCGUGGGCGUGUCGCUCAUGGCCCCGACCGCCUCCCCGGCGUCGCCCGCGCACGGCCCCACCCGGGAGCUGGCCUACCUCAGCGUCACGGACUCGGCCGCCGUCUGGGAGGUGUGCAUGGCCCACCGCUGGAAGCCGCUCAGCCUGGAGCUCGCCUCGUGGAUCGAGGACAAGUGGCGCCACGACCACAAGCGCGCGCAGAUGAAGGAAUACGUGCACGUCGACUUUGAGAAGAUGUACAUGACGAAGCCGUUCUACGGAGAGUUGCGCCGACGGUACAACCCCGCCUUCUGGAUGCAACUGCGUCGAUCCGAACACCUCACCUACUGCAGGAUGAGCAUACACCGACUGCAGCUCGACAACCAGCAGCCGUCGGCGCACUUCCCCACCGUGCUGUGCCCCGCCCCCGGCAGCGGCGCCCCCGCCCCCGCCCCCGCGCAAGCGGCUAGACGCGCCCUGCUCAAGCCCUGCGUCGACCUGCUGGUGCUGCGGCGAGCGCGCCCCGCCUACCGACAGAACGUCUACAAGUACGUCAAGGUGGUGGUGCAAGAGUUCAGCGUGCAGCUCGAGCGCGACUUCCUCGACGCGCUCCUGGCGUCCUGGGCUGCCGCCACCGCACCGCCCGGUCGACCCAUCCCAGACGACGACCAGCACCGCCUGCUGGAGGGGCUCCGCCAGGACGUGGCGCGCAGCUACGUCCCGGUGCACUUCCUAGGCGUUGUGAGUGCAGAACCCGAACCCGAACAAAGAACUAGAUACUUCACUGGUGGGAAGUGA